UUCAUCUUCCUCUUCAAGUGGAUCGAGGAGCGAAGAUCUCGACGUAAAGUCUCCACGCUGGUGGAUGAAACCUCUGUUAUCGAUGACGAGAUUGUUAAUGACAUGUUUUUUGCUCACCAACUGAUACCGAACUCCUGUGCCACUCACGCUCUUCUGAGUGUGCUUCUGAACUGCAGCGGCGUGGAGCUGGGAAUGACUCUGAGCCGGAUGAAGACUUUCACCAAGGGCUUCAGUCCUGAGAGUAAAGGUUACGCCAUUGGAAAUGCUCCUGAGCUAGCAAAAGCUCACAAUAGCCAUGCCAGACCGGAGCCGCGGCACCUGCCGGAGAAACAGAACGGCAUCAGCGCCGUGCGGACGAUGGAGGCGUUUCACUUUGUCAGUUACGUGCCAAUCAAAGACCGGCUGUUUGAGCUGGACGGGCUGAAAGCGUAUCCCAUCGACCACGGGCCAUGGGGUGAGGAUGAAGAGUGGACGGAUAAAGCCAGACGGGUCAUAAUGGAGCGAAUAGGACUGGCCACUGCUGGAGAGCCCUACCAUGACAUCCGGUUCAAUCUCAUGGCGGUGGUUCCAGAUCGCAGGAUAAAAUACGAGUACAAGCUAGACAUCCUGAAACAAAACAGGCAGAUCGUUCUGGAAGGACUCCAGCAGGUUAGGGAGAAAAAAGUAAUUCGGAUGACCCAACAAGAUUCAGGCCAGGAUCGAAAGCAACAAGACUCCUCCUCUUCAGAAGACACGCCCCCCACUGUAAAAAAGGAGGAGGGGCAAGAUACGCCGAUAGCGUUGUGUGCAGAGCAGGCCACACCCACAGAAACUCAGGAAGGAGCCGCUGCUUUACCAAGUCCGGCUGGAAAAGUCAGACCCAUGGCUAAGCCUACCACCUUGCCAACAGGGGGCGCUCCGCCACCAGCACCUCUACCUGUUCCCAACCCCAUCGUCCAGCGUCUGCCAGCCUUCCUGGACAACCACAACUACGCCAAGUCCCCCAUGCAGGAAGAGGAGGAUCGUGCUGCGGGAGUGGGUCGCUCACGCCUACCUGGCCCCUCAAAGCCCCCUUAUUCUGAUGACGAGGAUGACGAGGAUGACGAAGAGGAGGAGUGUAGCACUUCAGGUGCCACAAGCAGGGCCCGAAGAAAGGUUGGUCUACGUACACGCACCAUGGGCCGCAGUGGAGUGGGUGCGGUUGCGGCAAUGGAGGGUCAGCUAGCACUCAGUGUUUUAGCUGAGAAACUCAAGAAGGAAGUCCAAAGGAAGGACUCCAUGGCAACAACGGUUUCCACACCUCUGAAUGUACGUACCGAGGGUCGCACAGGUGGAAUCAGCAUCACCUCGGCCUGCCAGCCAUCGCCCACGCCCAGUAACGAAAGCACGGAUACGGCCUCAGAAAUCGGCAGCGCAUUCAACUCACCAUUGCGCUCUCCCGCACGAUCGCAAGCAGCUACACGUCCCUCCAGCCCUGUGGUGCCCCACUUGAGUCGUGUUUUGUUUGGAGAAGAGGAGGGGCUGCUCAGGUUAGACGCCCGACACAAUCGAGCCGUCCGGGACUUGGGGGCGCUAGUGAGCUCCACAAUACUGCGACUGCAAGAGGAUGGCGCCAUGUACGCCUUGCCACCUACAGAAAUGUUGGAAGGGUUAAAGAAAGUAGGCGGUGCGGAAAAGAAAGAAAAAGAAGAGACGACUGGUCAAGGAGGAGAAGAGGAGGUGAAGGAAGGACCAUCGGUGGAGAUGAAACAGGAGGACGUCAAAGUGUCAGUGGAUGUCAAACCCGAAAAAGAGAACCUGCCGUCCGCCAACGCUGAAACCAGCACCAAACCUCCUGGAGAAAAAUAUACUCCAAAAGAGUUGCUGGCCUUGCUGAAGUACUUGGAAGCAGACAUUGUCAACUAUGAAGUGUGUUUAAAAGAAGAAGUGGAGAAAAGGAAAAAGUAUAAGAUCGAUGACCAAAGGAGGACUCAUAACUACGAUGAAUUCAUCUGCACCUUCAUAUCAAUGCUGGCACAAGAAGGUAUGUUGGCGAGUCUGGUGGAGCAGAACAUCUCUGUGCGUCGCAGACAGGGCGUAAGCAUUGGCCGGCUCCACAAACAACGCAAACCCGACCGGCGGAAACGUUCACGACCGUACAAAGCCAAGCGCCAAUAAA